AGAUUAAGUCUUAGGCCGGUAACAUCAACAGUGAGGACAAACCCAGCCUGCCUCUCUCCUUCCACACUGAGUCCAAACCUACAGUCACUGGGUCCUGAUUGUGACAGUGGAGCCCAGUUUGCACUGCAGGAUCCAGAGAUGGCAUCAGUGAAGCUGGAAGACUGCAGUCAAACACUGGAGCUGAAUGUCAACAUUAAAGAUGAAGAAGCCGAGGAGAAGAUUAGGACAACUGUUAAUCAUGGACACCAUGUUGAGACAUUCUCUACAUCCAGAGAGCAACAGCAGGAAGAUCACAGAGCUAAGAGGUCUCAUCACUGCCCACAUUGUGAAGAGAUUUUCCCAUUUCUAUCAAAGCUAAAAAUACACCUAAAAAUACACACAGGAGAAAAGCCUUACUCCUGUUCUGACUGUGGAAAAAGCUUCAAGACAUCAACGGUGCUAAAACUUCAUCAGAGAAGACACACAGGAGAGAAGCCUUAUUACUGCUCUGACUGUGGAAAACGUUUUAUAACAUCAACUCAGCUAAAAGUUCAUCAGAGAACACACACAGGAGAGAAGCCUUUCUUCUGCUCUGACUGUGGAACUAGUUUCUCUCAACUUUCCCACUUAAAAACACAUGAACGCAUACAUACAGGAGAGAAGCCUUAUUACUGCUCUGACUGUGGAAAAUGUUUUAAAACAUCAAAUGAGCUAAAAGUUCAUCAGAGAACACACACAGGAGAGAAGCCUUAUGUCUGCUCUGACUGUGGAAAAUGCUUCACAACAUCAACUGAUCUAAAAGUUCAUCAGAGAACACACACAGGAGAGAAGCCUUACUUCUGCUCUGACUGUGGGGAGAGUUUCUCUCAAAAGACCAACUUAAAAUCACACCAACAAAUACAUACAGGAGAGAAGCCUUACUCUUGCUUUGACUGUGGAAACCGUUUCUCCCAAUUGGGUAACUUAAAAUCACAUGAACGUAUACAUACAGGAGAGAAGCCAUACUCCUGCUCUGACUGUGGGAAGAGUUUCUCCCAAUUGCAUACGUUAAAAACACAUGAACGUAUACAUACAGGAGAGAAGCCUUUCGUCUGUGCUGACUGUGGGGUGAGUUUCUCUCAUCUGGGUACCUUAACAACCCACCAACGUAUACACACAGGAGAGAAGCCUUACUCUUGCUCUGACUGUGGAAAAUGCUUCACAACAUCAACUGAUCUAAAAGUUCAUCAGAGAACACACACAGGAGAGAAGCCUUAUUUCUGCUUUGACUGUGGAAAAUGUUUUAAAACAUCAAAUGAGCUAAAAGUUCAUCAGAGAACACACACAGGAGAGAAGCCUUAUGUCUGCUCUGACUGUGGAAAAUGCUUCACAACGUCAACUGAUCUAAAAGUUCACCAGAGAACACACACAGGAGAGAAGCCUUAUUCCUGCUCUGACUGUGUAAAAAGCUUCAAAACAUCAACUGAGCUAAAAGUACAUCAGAGAACACACACAGGAGAGAAGCCUUAUUACUGCUCUGACUGUGGAAAACGUUUUAAAACAUCAAAUGAGCUAAAAGUUCAUCAGAGAACACACACAGGAGAGAAGCCUUACGUCUGCUCUGACUGUGGGAAGAGUUUCUCCCAAUUGUAUACCUUAAAAACACACAAACUUAUACAUACAGGAGAGAAGCCUUACUCCUGCUCUGACUGUGGAAAAUGCUUCACAACGUCAACUGAUCUAAAAGUUCACCAGAGAACACACACAGGAGAGAAGCCUUACGUCUGCUCUGACUGUGGGAAGAGUUUCUCCCAAUUGUAUACCUUAAAAACACAUAAACUUAUACAUACAGGAGAGAAGCCUUACUCCUGCUCUGACUGUGUAAAAGAUUUCAAAACAUCAACUGAGCUAAAAGUUCAUCAGAGAACACACACAGGAGAGAAGCCUUAUGCCUGCUCUGAAUGUGGAAAAUGUUUUAAAACAUCAAAUGAGCUAAGAAUUCAUCAGAGAACACGCACAGGAGAGAAGCCUUAUGCCUGCUCUGAAUGUGGAAAAUGUUUUAAAACAUCAACAGAGCUAAAAGUUAAUCAGAGAACACACACAGGAGAGUAGCCUUUCUUCUGCCCUGACUGUGGAAUUAGUUUCACUCAACUUUCCCACUUAAAAUCACAUGAACAUACAUACAGGAGAGAAGCCAUACUCCUGCUCUGACUGUGUAAAAUGCUUCAAAACAUCAACUGAGCUAAAAGUUCAUCAGAGAACACACGCAUGAGAGAAGCCUUACCUCUGCUCUGACUGUGGGGUGAGUUUCUCUCACCAGAGCAACUUAACACACCAACGUAAAACACACCUUACUCCUGCUCUGUAGAAGGGUGGGCGUGUAACUCAAACGUCUAGCCAAAGGUUGUGUGCUUGAAUCUCAUCAAGGAGGAUUUUAGCUAAUUAGCAACUUUGCAACUACUUACUACUUUUUAGCUAUUACUUAGCAUGUUAGCUUAGCAUGCAACUACUUAGCAUGUUAGCUAACCUUUCCCCUAAACCCAUUUAACUCUACCUUAAACCCCUCACCCCUAACCUAGCUAAUGUUAGCAACAACAACUUGGAUUUCGUAACAUAUCAUACAUUAUACGAGUUGGUAACAUAUUGUAUAAAUAGCAAUGCGUAAAAUAAUAUACGAAUUGUAAUUCAUAACAUACCAUACAUCCUACAAGUCAUAUUAUAUUGAACAACAAUCUAAACGCAACAAUUUCAAAGAUUUACAGUUCGUAUAAGGAAAUCGAUCAAUUGAAAUAAAUAAAUGAGGCCCAAAUCUAUGGAUUUCACAUGCAGGGGCUCAGCAAUGGGUGGGACUUGGGAGGGCAUAGGCCCACUUGGGAGACAGGCCCAGCCAAUCAGAAUGAGUUUUUCCCCACAAAAGGUCUAUAUUACAGACAUAAAUACUACUCAGCCCCCCCCCCCCUCCUCAGACAAUCUUGCAGGUGAAGAGGUCCUGGGCUGCCAUGGUUACAUGUGAUCUGCAGUUGUGAGGCCGGUUGGAUGUACUGCCAAAUUCUCUAAAAAGACAUUGGAGGUGGCUUAUGGUAGAGAUAAAUAUUGAAUUCUCUGGCAACAGCUCUGGUGGACAUUCCUGCAGUCAUCAUGACAAUUACACAUUCCCUAAACUUGAGACAUCUGUGACAUUGUGUUGUGUGGCCUUCUAUUGUCCCCAGCACAAGGUGCACCUAUGUAAUGAUCAUGCUGUUUUAUCAGCUUCUUGAUUCGCCACACCUGUCAGGUGGAUGGAUUAUAUUGACAAAGGCUGAAAUGCUCACUAACAGGGAUAUAAACAAACUUGUGCACAACAUUUGAGAGAAAUAAGCUUUUUGUGCAUAUGGAACAUUUCUGGAAUCUUUUAUUUCAGCUCAUGAAACCAACACUUUGCAUGUUUUGUUUAUUUUUUAGUUCAGUUUAUAUUGGUAGGCCAAUGUAAUGAAACCUGACAUACUAAAUGGAGUGGCACGGAUGUGUUUGUAAUAUAUAAUACGUUUUUCUCUGAGACCAGGUUGUCCGUCUGCAGUGUUCUGUGGGAAUGAGCUAGUAGACACAUUUUUUUAUUGAACCUUUAUUUAAUGAGGCAAGUCAGUUAAGAACAAAUUCUUAUUUACAAUGAUGGCCAAGGAACAGUGGAUUAACUGCCUUGUCCAGAGGCAAAACGACAGAUUUUUACCUUGUCAGCUCAGGGAUUCGAUUUAGUAACCUCUUGGUUACUGGCCCAACGCUCUAACCACUAGGCUACCUUCCACCCCUAACAUGUAUCAGAUAGAGAUGGUAUGAUGAUCACUUUUCACCACUAGUUUGGGGGGAUUAUUUUACUUUAUUUAAUGAUACACAGCUUAUGCAAUGAAUACAUGUAUUUAUUAAUUGUCUUUAAAACUAGAUUAGUUAUUUUAGUUACUGAUCAUGAAUGUGUUUGGAUAACUGCAUUGAAGCAAACUUUAUUGAUCUGCCAAUGAAAAAUAAAGUUACAUGAAUAUGUA